AUGCUGGGCUCUGCUCUGACCAUUUCGGUAAUCACUGUGAUGCACGAAGCAGAAAUCACUGGAACGGAUGUUGCAUUGGCACGGGAAUAUUGGAGCGAGACCGCCAAGAAGCCGGCUUUGAGUAAAGGCUUACCUUCCUCUGCCCACAAGCAUGAUGAUCAUUUCGGGCCUAAGUCAGAAUACUGCCAAAGUAAAGAGCUCUACAAAGUUGCAUCAGAUCAGGAGGAGAGUCCAGACGUCGAGCAGAAAUAG